AUGGCUCCAUCAUCACCUUCUAAUUCCUCUUCAUCAUCAUCAGAAAAUUCCUCCUCUCUAUUUCUCUCUCUAAAAGCCAAACCAGAACCGAAUUCACCAUCAGUAAGUGAAGAAUCAUCACCUCUAGAACAAAGUACCAAUUCUCAAGUAUCAACCAUCAUACCUCCACAAAAUAAUAAUAACAACACCAAUUCGCAACAGCAUAAUACUUUACCAUCGGCCACUACCACUAGUACGAGUGGUAGCAGCAGCAACAAAUCAUCGCCAUCACAUGAUGAAGCCACCUCUUCUUCACCUUCAUCAACGAACACCAAACCUGGAAACUCGACCGUAAAGAAAGCGGUUGGUGUGAAUUCUAAUGCACAAGCUUCCUCCGGUUCUUCUUCAACAACAGUAAUUCCUCAGCAGGUGUCGUCUUUAAACACAAGCACAACAAAUACCUCAACUAGUGGUGUCCCAAACAAGCCAGUAUUGAUGCAAUCAAAAAAGGCUAUAAAUCCACACCAGCCUAUGAAUGCUUAUUUGCCACCUCAAUUAAUUCACCAUCCACCUCAAUUAUUUGAUCCAAACGGUGCAAUGCCUUAUCAACAACCUCCAGUGAGAGUUGCCAAUGGCAGUGGCAAACAGCAAGUAUAUCCAGCAGGGAUUCCUCAAGGAACAGUUCCUAAUCCUCUCCAUUAUUCUUAUACUUAUCCAGGUGCUCAUCCAUCUAUUAUGCAAUCACAACCUCCUACUGCCUUCUAUCCUCCACCUCCUCCACAUGGAUCUUCAAUGGUUCAUGAUACAAAUUCAUUGUAUGUGCCAAUGAUGCAACCUCAUCCUACCCUUCCAAAUUCCGAAGCUGAAUCAUCCGAUGACAGUGAAUAUUCCGAAAGUGACGAUGAAGACCAAUAUACCAUCGUAACAAUGCAAAAACCAAGUCCCUAUACAGAAAUUAAGAAAAAGUAUGAGGAUCUCAUGAAGUUAUACACUAAGGCAUGUAAGGAAUUGACAGUUGCACAAGCAGAAAUAUCAGAGCUAAAAAGAAAGAGAGAUACGCCUGGUAGUAGAGGUGUUUUCAAUCCACCCACAAACACUGCCAGCACCAGUAGUGCACACACUGCUCUUUCGCCAGUAGCGAAAAAGAAGAAGACUGAGAGUCCAAUUUUCGAACCUAUCAGACGAACUGAAUUGAUUCCAUUGGGUGUUGAUAAGACUGGUAAUUCCCAAAGAAGCACCUCCUAUCAACAAUUGGAAACAAGCAUAACUUCCCUUCCUCCACAAAACAUGGUAAUUGCACCAGUAUCGCCAUCUUCUGAUUCUUCCUCCUCUGUUAGCUUGAAUACUCUCGUUUACAUUUACUAUUAUGAUGGUGGAUGUGAUGGUCAUGGUUCAAGACAAUUGAAAGCCAAUGGUAAACGUAUUUUUAUCGACAUUAACUGGGACGAGAUUUUCAAAUUCAGACAAGAUGAUUGCCUUCAUAUGUGCAUCUUUGUUAAUACUUCCACUGUUGAUAAGGUUAAGGAUUCUGACUUGAUUGCCACUUUUAAGAUUCUCAGAUCAGAUGGUGAUAAAGUUAAAAUCUCAAAGAUUAGAGAAAACCUCAGAAGACUCAAUCUCCAAAAUCAAUUCUCCCACAUUGGUCAUAUCAAGUUCUUCAUUCAAAUCAGAGGAAAUGAUCAACUAUUUGAUUAUACUGACAAGAUUUUGUUAUACUCCAAAACCCAACACAAUAUUGCCAGUUUUGAACCAUCCAAUCAAAAGGAGUAUAACGAGUUGUCCAAACUCUUCUAUCAACCUGAGAGAUUUACUGUUUUCAAGAAGGACGGAACAAUUGAAGAGGACUUGGAACGUUUCAGACAAUUGAAUUCAAUUGAUAAACAAACGGGAGUAAAUCAAGCAGCAGUAGUAGAAAAUUCUCAAACCACUGCACAAGCACAACAUCAACAACCUGCUACAGAGAAUACAUUAGAAAGCCUCACAGAGAACGUGCAUCAACUCAUGCAGAGUAUCAAAUUUCCACUGAAGAAAGUUGUGAUAGGCACUCGGAGAACAACUCUAGUAAUGUCUGAUCCUAAUUCUGAAUCAGAUCGGUCGCUAAUCCUUUCUAUCUAUGGAAUUGAUAACGAUUUGAUAGAUAAACUGCUCAAGUGGGUAAAGAUUUACUUUGUACAUGGAACAUUAAUAUCAGAUAGCGAUCCAAUCUUUGAUUCUCUGAAAGGGAUGAAGUAUUUCGACCUUAUUAAUCCCUCCAAUAGAAACAAACACUCUAAGAAGGCAAAAGACAUCCAGGAAUUUCUCGAUCGUCAUUCAGAUUUGAGUACAACUAAAGAUGGACUCACUAAGCUUCACAAUACAGAAUCCAUGAGACUGAAGAUACUCCUCCACGAAGACAGAUACUCUGUGAUUGUGAAUUAUAAAGGUAGAGUGUAUGAACUCAUUGAUUCUAACUAUUUGGAUAAGCAUCCUACAAUUAAAUCCAAAUAUGAACAAGUUAAUGGAUCGAUACCUCCAUUUGCAAUUUGGGCAAAGUGGCCUCUGCAUCACCCAACCGAUAAAAGAAUGUUGUGUGGAGGUGACUUUUUUGAGAUUAGCCAUCAAUCAAUUGAAGAAAUAGUUCUGGAUGAUCCAAACCAAUCUCAAAUCACAAACACUGAAAUUGAUCCAACAGUUAUCACUUGCCCAAUUUCCAUGUGUUUGUUCUUUGAUCCUGUAGUUGCAGCAGACAAUGUCACAUAUGAGAAGGAGGUUUAUAAGAAGUGGUGUGUGAAGAAGAAUGAGGUGGUAAGCCCUGUAACUGGUCGAAGAAUUACUACCAAGUUCACAAAUGAUGUGGUUAUACGAAAUAAGGUCCAGAUAUAUCUUCAAAAGCACAUUCAUUUGAAGCUGUCAGAAGAUUAUUACAUUCCAAGGUAUGCUGUUGAAGCUUUUAGGAAGGCUGUUAUUAGUGGAGCCACAGAAGAUGCAGCCAUUCUUUGUAAGGAAGAUAUUCGCUUGAUAAUUUUUAAACCAGAUGAAUUGAAGAACAUUAAUGAGGAUAUUGAAGUAGAAGACUCACUGUCAGGUUACAAUCUUGCCUUCAUGUACAAUAAUUGUCAAUUACUGAACACUAUGAAAGACAUAAUAACAGAGAAUAUGUAUCUAGCUCUUCAACAAAACUCCACAUCUACAGUAGAAAUUCUCUCGUAUCAUCUGGAUGCCAUUGAAACAAAGAUAAGCGACUUUAGGGAAUGCAACAAGGUGAAACUGCAGGCAGAGGUCGCUAUGGACCAUACCUUGAUAAAUGCUUAA